AUGAGAGACCUUCAGCUUAUUAUAUUGUGUAUAACUAUUUUCAAACUACUUUGUAUAAUAGAAUGCAAGAAAAGAGAAGCUGGAAAUUACUACCAAGGGAAAUGGUCACAAUAUGUGCACUCAUACCCACUUGCAGGAACGGAUAAUGAUCCAAUGAUGAGCCCUAUUUAUAGACACAGUGAUUUCCUUCAUGAAUUAGUAAGUAAUUUUGAAUCCAGAUUAGAAAGCACAUAUGAAAUAUAUACUCAUGGUCUUUUGAGAAGUAACAAUAGUUUUCUUUAUGGAAGAAGGUAUAAUGAGCUAUUAUUCCAUAAUGAUCCUAUUUCUAGAUUUGCAGAGCUUCCUAAAGAAAAGUCUCUCAAUCUAUUCUCGAAAAAAGCAAAUCAAGUUCAGUUUGAAUGGUAUAGAUACUCAUCAGUUUUAACUUUAGCUAGAUAUGUUGGAUCAGGAUUGCUUUCUCUACCGGAUUCUUUGCCAUUUAUUGAUCACUCACCUGAUAUUAAAAAACCAAUAAGAAUAGUUUCACUUCUAAGCAAGAACCGUUUGGAAUGGAGUUUACUAGAUGCUGCAUGCUCAACCUAUGGAAUCGUUAUAAGUCCCAUAUAUGACUCACUUGGUGAAGAUGGAAUAUCUUAUAGUAUAAACUUGGUUCAAUCCAAAACAAUUGUUGUGUCUUUCGAGGUAAUUUCAACAAUAUUAAGAUCAUUACAUAGGAUCCCCAAAAUUAGAUAUGUUAUAGUAUUAAGACCUGAGAAUACAUCCAAAGUUGGAGCACACCUGGAUUUUAGUAUUGACCAAAAUAAAUUAAUUAUUCAUGGAGAGACAAUAAACCUUGAAGAUUACCCAGAUUUACCACGGCAUGUAGAAUUUCUUUCCUUUGAAAGCAUUGUGGAAUUAGGAAGCAAAAAUUUGCAUCUCCCAACUCCUUCCUUGUAUGAGGACAUAAAUUCUAUAUAUUUUACUUCUGGAACAACUGGAACUUCCAAAGGUGUUAUUCAAACUAAUGGUAUUUGGAUUGCAGGAUCAGCAGGACCUUUAAGGUCAUUUUUGAGUCGUUCAGAUAGUAAUUUGAGUCCUAAAGACACUUAUCUGAGCUUUUUACCACUAGCUCAUAUUUUUGAGCGUUUGGUGCAUCUGAUAUUAAUUUACUCUGGGGCUAAGAUAGGUUUCUAUAAUGGUAACAUACUGAAUCUAGGUGAAGAUUUACAGUCCCUGCAUCCAACGGUUUUUGUUUCAGUUCCUCGUCUAUUUACAAAGCUUUACAAGGGUAGAGUUUUACCAGAGAUUAGGAAAAAAGGCAAGUUAACCCAGAACUUUUUCUUUUCAAUUUUGAAUAGGAAAAAGAGAAGUAGGAAUCCAGUAGUUAAUUCUGUAUAUGAUUUUUUGGUUUUCAACAGAAUAAGUAAUUUAUUAGGAGGGCGUAUUAGAUUUACCUUAAGUGGAGCUGCUCCUUUAGAAGACUCUAUGCAACGUGAUAUGAGAGCUAUGCUAAAAUCUCAAAUUGUCCAGGGAUUUGGAACAACAGAGGCAUUAGCUACAUUUUGUCCAGAAUUUACAGAUUUAACAGUCAACAAUAUUGGAGGUCCUAUUCCUAGUGUAGAGUUUCGUUUAUUAAGUGUUCCAGAGAUGGGCUAUGACGUUAGAACUUUUCCUAGACAAGGUGAACUCUUAUUGAGAGGCCCUACAAUCUUCAAAGGUUACCUGAAACAACCUAAUAAGACCAAUGAAGCUAUAGAUACUGAAGGAUGGUUACAUACAGGUGAUAUAGCUGAACUUCUUGAUAAUGGAGCUGUUAGAAUUAUUGAUCGUAGGAAACAUUUGUUUAAACUGUCUCAAGGAGAAUACAUAUCACCAGAGUCCAUUGAAAAUAUCUAUUCAACACACUCACCUUUUAUAGCACAGAUAUUUAUUACUGCCAAAUCUACGGAACCAGUUAUAAUGGCUAUUAUUGUCCCAGAUCCGGAUUAUGUAAAAGCCUGGUUAUUAGGUCAAGGAGUAAAGAUAAAUGAUUGGGAAACGCAAUACAAUUAUAUAUGUCAGCAAGCUAAUUUAAAUUAUUAUAAACUGAAGGAAGAUACCUUACUACGUCAAGGUAUUAUGAAUUCUUUGAAGAAAGUUGAACGUGAUAAUAAUAUAGCUGGACUCAAAAGGAUAAAUAAUUUUCAUCUUGAGUGCGAUGGCUUUACUAUUGAGAAUGGACUACUAACACCUACUGCUAAAUUAAUGAGGUUUAAAUUAAGAAAACAAUAUGAGACUGAAAUUAAUCACUUGUACAACAUUUAUCACGAAGAUCAGGGGUAG